UUUUACACCGUCUCACAUAUGUCACCACUUCACUUUUUCUGUUACUUCUUUUCAAUCAAGUUGCUCAGCAGCAGCACCACCAACGCAUCUGGAUUGCUAGACACAUAAACAAUGAAGCGGAAACGUACGCCAGCAAAGACGACACUUGGUAAUCCUUCUCACGCUGUAGUCGCGGAACCUGAAACCAGCCGCAGGUUUGUAUCUCCACGUAUGGAAACCAGCACUGGUACGGGCAUUAGGGGCAGGCAAGCAGAUUUAGAGACGGGGGAAAAUUAUCCGGAUGUAUUGGGUAAAAUGAUUUCCACCAUCAUUAGAGAGAUAUCUAAAGAAUCCGGUGGCAUAGGUAACCUGUCACGGAGCAUUGCAGCUAAUUCAGUCACUAAUGUGAAUCAAAUUCGACCACAUCGAACUCCAGAAUUGAAUGCUGCCCUUGAAGUGAUAAAAAAGACCAUGAAACUGGAUGCUGCUGGUCCGUUUAAUCAACCUGUUGAUCCUGUUGCACUUGGCAUACCUGACUACUUUGAUGUUAUCAAGAUACCUAUGGAUUUUGGUACAAUAUGCUACAACCUAGAGAAUGGUCUCAAGUACAUGAAUGCAACAGAAGUGUUUCAGGAUGUACAGUAUAUUUGGAACAAUUGUCUCAUAUAUAAUAAGAAAGGCAAUCACAUUUUGGAGCUCAUGAAGAGGGUGCAGACAUUGUUCACGAAGUACUGGAAAGCAUCCGGAUUAGACAACAAACAAUCAGCAACUAUUGCUGAGUCUUCUAUCUUGAAGCACAACAAACGAAAAACUGAUAAUCCAUCGACUCCAAUUGCCAGUAAUUUUCUGCAUUCGCAGCCAAAGGACGCUGGUUCUCAUCAAGUAGCAGAAAAGCGAACUGGGCCAGUCAACACGCAAUCUGGUCCACCCCAGCAGAGCUCUAGCCUGUCUGAGUCUUCCCCAGAAAAGGACGAGGAUUCUACAUAUACUGAAAAGAAGCAUGAAGUCCAAAGGCCUACUCAUUACCAUAAUUUAUCAAGUACAAUGGAACGGAUAAAAGUUUUCACCAAUGAGAAGGGGCAGCCUGUAGGUCCCGAGGCAUUCCAGUUAACUAAAUUCCUAGGACAUAUAGCACGAGAUGGGAACUUGGCUCCCCUUAGUUUUUCUGGUUGGAGCAAAAUGCCAGAAGUGAUGAAGGAGAACUUGUGGCAGAAAGUUUUGACGAGGUUUGACAUCGACCCCUGUUCCCGAAGUUGGGUUCUGAUGUCUCUUGAAAGUAAGUGGAAAAGCUUCAGGUCUUUGCUUAAGACUACUCGUUAUGAUACCCAUGCCACUGAUGAGGAGCGGCUUGCAGACCGUGAUGAGAGGGUCUUGCCUGAACAGUGGUCAGUCCUUGUUUCUCAUUGGAGCUCUGAUAAAUUCCAGAAUAUUAGUGCCAAAAAUAAGGCCAAUCGUGCAAAAGUGAGAUUCUACCACACUUUGGGCGCAAAAAGUUAUGCCAGAAAAAUUGAGGAAGAGAGAGCAAAAAGGCCCAAUGGUCAGGAACUCUCACCAGAGGAAGUAUUUAUCUUGACUCGUACAUGCAAGAAUGGUCAGGCUGUGAAUGAAGCAACAAAUGCUGUAAUUUCCCAACUUCGUGAAUCUGCAACUCAAGAUAAGGCCUACUUUCGGGGAAUGGGAGAAGAUAGAGAAGGUGGUGUGUCUCUAUCUGGACUAAAUGCUACCCCUAAGUCUGAAAUUUUUACUCGUGCCGAGGCUUUGAGGAUGGCUAAAGAGAAAAAUGAAGAGAUUGAUGCAAUAAAGGAUAGACUUGCAUCAUUGGAGCAAACAUGCUCAGGAAUGGCUACUCAGAUGUCCGCAAUGAUGUCAAUGAUGGCUACCAUGCUGAAGGGCUCCCAUGGCGAAUCUUCUCCCAAUGCUGUUGUUCCCACUUUGCUUCCAGAAGCUGGUCCAAAUCAGCCAGAACCAGCCUCUAAAUCUAAUCAUGAAUUUCUUGGAAGACAGACUCGUGGAUCAAAGAAUAGAAGGUAGAAAGACUAGAUCUCUUCAAGGAUUCAUGAAAGGCAAUUUUUUUGUGUAUCGUAAUGUUAGGUUUAUGGUCAGACCAUCUUUUGUUAACCAACAUGGAUAUGUGUAAUCAUUAUGCAGCUAAUAGGAAUUUUCAACCUGAAUUGUUGUACGAUGCAAACACUGAUCCACCAUCUGAUUCCAGAAAGUUUGGGUGUUCCCAAUAGCCGUGUUUGAAAAGAUGUCACGAAUGUUCUUGAAUUCAGAAAA